AUCUUUUUCAGCUACCACCUUGAGUCGGUCACUAAUCAAUCUUAUGCUAUAAUUAAUCAGCUUAAUAAUCUAAACUUAUGACUGACACUACCAAUAUAACUCUACCGUUAAUCCUCGAACAACUAAUAAUCUUCUCACAUUAGUCAACCUUCGUAAAACCCCAAAAGUCUCCCUCCUAUUUCAAUCAACCGCGCUCUGUCUACCUGUUACAGGCGCUGAUGCCGUUAAUCAUCCAUUUCUGUGAGCUAAAAUGGAGCUUUUAAUGCCAUUCCCCUUCCCUGACCCAACCGUUGACCGGUGCUCCCGCUUCUCAUCCUCCUCUUCUUCUUUCUCAAUGGCGAGUUACGGUGCCGAAUUGGAACGGCAAGCUAGUCGCGCCGAGUUGAACUCCAGGUUGACGGACAUAGAAGAAGAAGAAGAAGAAGAAGGAGGAGGAAAAGGUGGAGAGAAGAGAGAGAAAGUGUAUGUAGCGGUUGGAAAGUCGGAGGAGAAGACCGUUUCUUUGCUUCAAUGGACGUUUCAUAAUUUCCGUUGCUGCGAUAUUUGCCUUGUUCAUGUUCAUCAUCCCUCUUCUUUUAUACCUACUCCCUUAGGAAAACUACCAGCAACCCAAGCAAAUGCAGUAGUGGUGGAUGCAUACAGGAAAGAAGAGAGAGAGAAAGUGAAGAAACUUCUCCGUGCUUACUUGGACUUUUGCUAUAGAGCAAAGGUAAAAGCAAGCAGCAUUAUCACUGAAGAUGAUCAAAUUCAAAAGGGACUCUUGAAUCUGGUCAUGAAAUACGGCAUGCAGAAGCUUGUUAUGGGGUCAGUCCCUGAAAACUGCGUGAAGGUGAAAAAGAAUUCUCGUAAAGCAAGUUAUGCUGCAAAAAGCGCUCCUGCAUUUUGUGAGAUAUGGUUUAUCCAUAAAGGGAAACAUGUAUGGACAAGAGAAGCAUUCGAGAAAGUCAUAGUUUCUACAACUUAUCAGGCAGAUGAACCUAGGACGGAUAGAUUAAGGUCAAAAUCUUUCCAGUACAAGGAGAAUGAUCGCCUAUACAAUCCUGUUAAUCUUCGUUCUAGAUCUUCUCAUCUAAGCGUACGAGGCUCUGGGGUGAAAGAUUGGAAAACGACAGAACUCACUGAUGAGGAUUUACUGCUACCUUGUUCAGGAAAUCCUAGGCACCCUGGAUAUGCUCGAAGCUCAAUCAGCAAUGAUUCUGCAUCAAGUACAUCCACGGAGAUAAGGGUUUCAUCUGAUUCUGGUCUCAAUUUGGAGGAAGAAAAUCUGUAUGGUCAGCUUUUGGAAGCAAAAGCAAGAGUUGAAACAUCAAGAAAUGAAGCAUGUUUGGAAUUUUUAAAGCGCAAAGAACUGGAAGCUGAAGCAAUGAAGACAAUGAGAAAGGUGAAGGAGUUUGAAUCUCUUCAAACUCAUGAAGCUGGGCUUAGAGAGGAAGCUGAAGUUGCUCUGAACAUCUUGAUGGAUGAACAAGAAAGGCUAUUUGAAGAGAGACUAAAAGUUACAGAAGAGCUCCAGAAGACCAUGAGGAGUGUAGCUGUACUUGAUAGUCGUGUCCAGGAGGCCAACCGCCGUGGUAAUGAGGCAGCUGAGGAGUUGAAACUUAUCCAAGUAUGUGUUACAAGUCUAUGGCAAGAAAAGAAAAAUAUUGAAAGACAAAAAAUGGAAGCUGAACGCUGGCUUGAGAACUGGAGAAGUCGCAGGCGGACUGGUGGGUCGAACCUCCGUGGGUAUAGAGGGCUUAUGGAUGACGUGCCUGAGUUAGUGGAAUUUUCUCUAUCGGAUCUGCAAUCUGCGACAUGCAAUUUUUCUGAUAGCUUUAAGCUAGUUGAAGGGGGAUAUGGUAGCAUCUACAAGGGAGAAUUGCUGAGUAAAACUGUUGCCAUACAAAGAUUCCAUGCACACAACAUCCAAGGCCCAUCGCAAUUUCAGAAACAGGUUCAGGUUCUCGGCAAGCUACGGCACCCUCAUUUGGUGACUUUAAUUGGUGUAAGUCCAGAGGCCUGGUCUCUUGUUUAUGAUUAUGUACCUAAUGGGUGCCUCCAGUGGCGUCUUUUCCAGAAAAACAACAUUGCACCACUUUCAUGGAAAAUCCGAGCUAGAAUCAUCUCUCAGAUUUCAACUUCCCUUUUAUUCCUUCAUACUUCUCAUCCGGAAAAAAUAAUCCAUGGUGAUCUGAAACUCGAAAGCAUCCUUCUGGAUUCUGAUUUACAUUGCAAAAUCGGUGAUUUUGGGUUCUCCAAGUUACUGUCGGAGGAUACCCCUAGUUUCCCUAGUUUUCACCGUUAUCCUGAACCUCAGGGUGCCUUCCCAUAUAGAGAUCCAGAAUUCUAUAGAACAGGCAAAUUAUCGACGAAGUCCGAUAUUUAUUCAUUUGGCGUCAUUAUAUUGCAGCUACUGACUGGACAACCUCCAGUAGGAUUGAUAGCUAAUGUCCGUAGAGCAAUUUCCGGUGGAAAGUUAGAUUCGAUCUUGGAUUCAUCUGCAGGGAAUUGGGGACCAUUUGUGGCAGAGAAAUUGGCAGAUGUGGCUUUGAGGUUCUGUGAACAGAAUUGUCGGGUUAGGCCAGAUCUGACACCCUCCCUGGUGAAAGAGCUUCAACAGCUCCAUAUCUCAAAAGAGCGGCCGGUGCCAUCUUUCUUUCUGUGUCCUAUCCUUCAGGAAAUCAUGUGUGACCCUCAAGUAGCAGCUGAUGGGUUUACCUAUGAGGGAGAGGCCAUACGCGAGUGGUUACUAAAUAACCGGGAAACUUCACCUAUGACCAAUUUGAGAUUGGAUCAUCUGCAUCUUACUCCAAACAAUUCGUUGAGGCUAGCUGCUCAAGAAUGGCUGUGCAAAUACUGAAUGUCCAUGUGCGUCUGCGGUCAAUCUUUGUUAAUAACCUUGUACAGAUAUAAUACUAACUAGGUUUGCUUCCGGAGUUGUAGAUGGUGCAAUCAUGUCUCUGUAUUUGAAAGUUUAGCCCCUGAUGAGAAACUGGGAAAACGUAAGAUAAGGGGUGCAAGGAAUGUAAGUACAGUAAUUGCUUCUUCUGUAAUCUUUCUGAAACCCAAGAAAAUGUGAAGUUAGGUAGAUUAUAUACUCUAGUGUUUAUACCUUUUGUUGAAAAUAGCACAAUAAACUGAGACAUUUCUAGCCAUAUAGCAUUAUCCUUCUCUAA